GCAUCGUCGCCUGCUAAAGGCUCCGAGGGUUAAUGUCACAGGUCGGAAGCUCAGAGUCAACCACGCCGCCGGCUUGUGUCCCGCUGAGGCUUCGCACGGGGGAGCUUGCGGGGCGCAUGGGGGGGCGGAAAUCCCCGGCCGGGGGAGGAGCGGCGGGCUGCGGAGAGCGGGGCUGGGCGCGCCGGCUCCCGGGCCGGGCCGGGCCGCUUUCGCUUUCGGCUGGCAGGGAAUGGCCGAGAGCGGCCAAGGGGCGCGCUGCCGCCCCACGGAGGGGCCGGCGGGCGCGGGGGAGUCUCCCGGCGGCGGCGGGGCGAGCCCCGAGCCUGGCCCGCGCCCAGGAGCCGAGCCCGGGAGCGGCCCGGCCGCUGGCCCGGGCCCCGCCGAGUGGAGGGGACCCGCCCUGGUGGCCUGGCUCCUCUCCUUACUUGCCAAGGGCCCCGAGGCUUCCGGCCGCAGGGACCGGGCGGACGGGGAGCCGGACACCCCGAUGUCCCAGCUCUGUGCUAAUAGUGCCUGGGGAGCAGCUGGAACAGCAGAAGAGCUCCGGAAGACAGCGGAGAGGCUGCAGGCUCAUCUGGAGGCUCUGAAAGGCUCCUCGGACCCCGAGACACUGGAAUUCCUGCAGGCAUUAGAAGCGCCCGUCAGAAUCGCCAGCCGCGUGCUCGCUGAGAACCAGAGGCUACGGCAGGAGUUGGAGGAGUUGAAGGGCAGGUUUGCAGCCCCACCACUCCUGAAACCAGCCAGCCAGCCUCCAGCUCCCUGGACAUCAUGCCCCUGGACCUCCCAGACAUUGCCUUCCCUGGCCACCCGGAGCACAGCCUUGCCCCUGCAGGUCCACGUGAGCGGUAAGACAGCUGGCUGCGAGAGGCAGUUCUUGGACCAGGUGGCUCAGCUCCUCGCGGCCCAGGGCAUCUUCCUGCAGGCAGGGGAGUACGAGCUGCACUCCAGCCACCCUUUGCUGCUCUUCUGCCCCAUCUCAUCCCGCUUGGGCACAGACAUCAGCAAUGCCCUGGAGGGGAUCCCCGCGGCGAGGAAGACGAUCCUGGUGGUGCUGCAUCACCAGCCCAAGGAGCAGGCUGAGCUCUAUGCCAGCAGCAAGCGGGAGGCCCAGCACCCAGGCCUCCUGCACACCGUGGACGGCUGCUUCUCCACCCAUUCUGGCUUCUACCACUGCCAGGCCAACACCGCUGCUGUUGCCGCUGUGGCUGCCACCCUCCAGCAACUGGCCGUGGGCAGUCACUAGGGGGCACCAGGAUCUGCGAGCUGGGUUGUGGAGGGCCAGUGGGGCUGGGCUAAGCCCUGGUGACUGCAUUGCUCUGAUAAAUCCUAGCUGGGAUGGCAGGGGGGGGACCCUACUCCUGCCUGGGCCAGGCCAGCACUGUAGCACAGUGGACUGUUACCUGUGGGAAUGCCCCUCUCUGGGCUGGUGCUGUUCCUACAAACCUUUGUGGGCUCCUCCUUCCCCCCCCCCCCCAACUACCCUUGGGUUGGUCCAUCCCUUCCUGCAUCAUGCUUAGGGUGGUGCUUGGCAUCAGAGCUGUGCAGAUGUAUCAGCUCCUGCCACAUUACACAGCUAGCCCCCUCCCUGUGCCAUGGGUGUUGUUCCUGGGCAUGCCCUCCAAGUUUGCUUACCCCCUCAAGCUGCCCCCAGCCCACCUGUGAACACGGAUCAGUCCCCACAGGGAUCUCAUGCGAGCAGCGUGAUGAGACAAGCUCUGGCUCCGUGGGUUCUGUUCUGUGGCUGGGGCCUGGUGAGCGUGGAAGCGCUUUGGACUGGACCCUGGGGCCAGCUGCCUUGCCGGUGCUGGGCACACGUCACUCCUAGUGCAGUCAGGGCCAGAGCUUCCACAGGCUGCAGGAGGAGACCAAGGGGGGGGGCUCUGUGGCCCACCUGAGUGCUGUGCUCUGGCAAAAGUGCUGUCUUGGCCUGUUCUUGCCGAUGGGCCCCUCCUGGUAUUUCAAACUCCAACCUGAGCUAGCUGCCGGGACUCCAACAGGCUGGGGGCAAGCGUGUUGUAUGGCCAGAUUGGCUGCAGCUUGGGGUAGAUUUCGAUAGUUCUUUGAUUUUCCACUUGUGGGUCGACAGCCCCUGGCUGGAGCCAGCCCCAGGGGCUGUUCAUGUGGCUAAGGGUGGGGCAUUUUAGAGAGCUGUCCUAACCAGCACUCCGCACAUCCCUCCCCCCCACCCCAGCAGCUGGGCUGCUAUGGCACCCAUGAAUAUGCUACCUGAGGGCUCCUAGCUUGGCCGUAGAGGCUGCUGCCUGUGGUUGGUGGAGCUGCGCCGUUAGCUGCAGGCUUGUGCUUUUCAAAUGCACAAGCCCCAUGCUGGGUUCCUGCCUGCGACCCACCUCUGGGGAGUGCUGCAUGUGGAAGAUGCGGAAGGUCUGGGCUGAGAUGUCGGCCAUAUGUUGGAAUAACGACUACACUGAUCUGGACCAGUGGGUUGGAAUGCCCUGUAAAGCCCACCUCACCUACGCCCUCCUUCAGCCACUAAAGAAUCACUGCAUUUCCCUCACCCACCUGCUCCUUGUGCCUUUUCGGUCGCAGAGGCCAAGCCAAUAAACUAAACCAAGCCAG